AUGUGCACACGGAUACGACGGAGCAUCAUUGCAUCGCAGUGCCUCCGCACUGCCAUCACGCACGAUCACACCGAGGCACGUACGUGCAACCCAACCUCAGCACCCUGCCCCGGUCAUCAUGCCCCUGUGCCCGAACAGCACUGUGCUGGAAGGAGAAGAACUGGAUUUUUCAAGUUCGUGCCCGAGGGCGCCACCCCACAAAAGUGGGCGCAGUGGCUGCGAGCUCCGCUCGAGUACGUCGCCGCUAGCGGCAACUUGAACCUCGUUGAUAGGCUACUACUCAAGGCUGGGGCGAACUACCUGGAGGGAUGGAGGGGCUGCCGAGGCCGGACUCUCCUCGACGCCGCUGCAUUAGGUGGAAACGCUCAUGUGAUGCCUGCCUUGCUCCAAGCAGGGUGUGGGCCGGAUGUCAAUGCAGUGGCCGCUUCCACCGGUAGAUCUGCGUUGUAUCAGUCCAUCGUGGGCAAACAAGAAGCUGCAGCGAGAAGGCUCGUCGUGUUCGGAGCCGAUGUCAACUUUGAGGACCGUGCCAACAAAGCGGGCCCCCUCAUCGCCGCUAUCCAAAUGCCCAUCAAUUGGUUGGGACGGCGGAACUCCUCUGCACGCUGCCGCUGGGCGGGGCCUCGCGAGCACGGUUUCGGUGCUGUUGAGCUCUUCCAAGACGGACAAGAACGCCCUGAACAGCGAUGGGCGAUCCCCUCUGACGAUGGCGUCAUACCUUGGCCGCGGGUGCCGAUGUCCACAUACGAGGCGCUUCCGACCCCCAUCGCAGCGUCCUUGGCCCUAGCGCUCGAAAGAGAGAGCGCGGCAACAGCCAUGGUCAAGCAUGGGUUAGUUGCCAAUGCUGAUGAUGGGUACGGCUCGUUUAGUGUUGUUCACUGGACCGCUCUGAUGGACCACGCCGUCUGUGCCGCGGCACUGGUGGAUGCGGGAGCUGACAUCGAUCCAAGGUCUGGACGGAAGGACGCAGCACCUUUCCUUUUGGCGGCCAGAGCUGGAAGUAACGGAGCCCUGCUCGCCCUCUUGAGGCGGGGAGCCAGCGUCGACCAAACAACCAACAAUGGAUCUACGGCUCUACACAUCGCAGCAAAUUCGGGAGAAAACAUGGGUGACACGGUCGAUAUUCUUAUGAGAUGGGGUGCCUCAGAACAAACCGUAGAUCAGCAGGGGAGUACCCCCGCUGACGUGUUCACAAGGGCAUGGCGUCGCCGGUGCUGGCUGGCCAUGCUUCGUGGACGAACAAAAAAGGAAUGGGACAACUCGGUGUUGGCGCUCGUCGAGAGGGCCAAUAAUGCAGACAAUGGCCAGAGCAUUAUUCUCGGUGAUCGGGUGACCGGCGACAGUCAAAAAGCGGGAAGACGACAAGGCCGCAGCCGAGGUCGCGGCGGCGCGAAGGCGGCCAUCCAGACGGAUUUGCGCGGCUUGGUGAACGUGCUGGUGAGGCUGAAGUCGGAAGAGUUUGGGGGGAACGGGAUGAUCCAGCUGAUGGUGCUGCUCUACAAUUGGGUGUGGAGUAACGAGUAUACGCCAAGUAGAUGGAGGGAAGGAGUGGUUGUGAACUUGUGCAAAAAAGGAGACAAGACUGACCCAGGAAACUACAGGGGGAUCACACUGUUGAACACAGUACGAAAAGUGUUCUGUGAGCUGCUGAACGAUAGGAUAGUGGGAGUAUUGGAGAAGGAACAUAGCAUUAGUGAGGGCCAGGCAGGUUUCCGCAAGAAGAGGGGGUGCGUAGACCACGUGUUCACGGUAGGGAGAAUCAUCCAAGGUAGAAAGAGGGCGGGAAAGCCGACGUACUGCUUCUUCCUGGACGUGAAAAAGGCAUACGACACCGUAUGGAGAAAUGGGUUGUGGAAACAACUGUCCAAAUACGGGAUCAAGGGGAAAAUGUGGAGAGUGGUGAAGAAGAUGACAGAGUG